AGCAUGUCCCACGACAUCUCUUGAGUGCUUGAGUUAGUUGAGAGAGACCUAGACUGUAAGAAGCGACCAUUUUUAACAAAUUCAAGAAGAAAAGUAAAACUAAUGGGUGAUUAGGAUUCAAAUUCAUAUUAACAGUUGCUUGCUUGAUGAGUAUCAACUUAGGCCUAAUGGCAUUGCAAAAUUGAAGUCUUAGCUUUGCCACUUCCUCCAUCUAUGCUCUUAAGCUACUCAAACCCGUCCCCACCAUCCACCACUAAUCUAUAUAUAUAUAUAUAUAUAUAUAUUGGCCACCAUCACUUAAACUUCUAAGCUCCCAUUAAUCCAUUUUCUAUUAUUAACAAUGGCAACUAAUUCAUCCUUGUUUCUCUGCUUCUUCCUCCUCCUCCUCUGUUUUGUAAACUUGUGUUGUUGUGAUCCGGACCCGCUCCAAGAUUACUGCGUGGCCAACCCCAAAUCCUCAUCCAUGUUCUUCAACGGCGUGGCCUGCAUCAACCCCAACUUCGCCACCACCGCCCACUUCACCACCUCGGCCUUGUCCAAACCCGGAAACACCAGAAACCUCUUCGGAUUCAGCGUCACCGCCACCAACACCGACAACUUACCUGGGCUCAACACGCUGGGCCUGACCCUGGCCCGCAUCGACCUCCAGGCCCAAGGCGUCGUCCCUCUCCACUCCCACCCACGCGCCUCCGAGAUCACCAUCUGCCUCGGCGGCCACAUCGUGGUGGGCUUCGUCGACACGUCGAACCGCGUCUUCUCCAAGAAGAUUGGAGGCGGCGAGUCGUUCGUCUUCCCCAAGGGGCUGCUCCAUUUUAUGUACAACGACGACUCCAAGAACUCGGCCGUGGCCGUGUCGGGCCUCAAUAGCCAGAACCCGGGCGCCCAGCUCACGGCCUUGGCUGCUUUCGCUUCCAAGCCCGACAUCCCUCCGCAGGUCUUGAAGAAGUCUUUUCAGAUUACUGACUGUGACAUCGCUCGCAUCCGCAGGAGCCUUGGUGGCUGAUUCCCAUUGGCUUCCGAUUUUAUGAAUAAUGUCAUUUACAGAUAUAUAUACAUGUCCCAUCAAAUCAUAACAUAACUUAUUAUCAUAAAUCUUAAAA